AUGGCGCCACUCAUUACCCUCGAUCGUCUUAGACAAGAUAAUGCUCUCUUCAACGCCCUUUACUGCCUCUACGAGCGAACGAAUCAGACGAAAAGCUUGAUAAGAGACAUAUCGAUGCGUAUCAAAAAGCUGCAUCCGUUCCAAGGGUCAUUUUUGCUUGGCGACAAGGAAGGGCGAAAAGUAGAAGAUUUUACGCUAGGAAAAGUCCUUGGGAAAGGCUGUAACGGUGUCGCCUUCAGUGCCAAGUUGAAGGAAAAAGAAAAUGCUCCUGAUUUCGACCUUUCAAACGAAUUUAAAGACAAAAAGAGCGACUUGGUAAUCAAGCAAAUGUUCAACUACAGCGCGUACGAUACGAACUCGAUCUUCUCCGCCUUUCAAGAAGAAGAACUUUUCAACAAAGACGAGUACUCGAAACGAAAGCUGAUACAUCCCUUCAUCAUGCCCAUCGAGCGCAAAUUCACCGGAGCAUUUGUCGAUCAUCCGCAGAAGAACAAGUACAGAGAUGCCUGUCCGGACCGAUCCGGCAUGGAUAGGACUUUGUAUUUAGUCUCAAGAAAGAUGGAUACAGAUUUGAAUGGUUUAUUCAAGAAAAUUGAGAAGAACGAUGCUUCCCUUUCAUUAACCGACAGGCUGUUGAUGUGCUAUCAGCUCUUUGAGGCAGUUCGACAUCUGGAGAAAAUCGGCUACUGUCAUCGUGAUAUCAAGCCCGACAACAUCUUUGUCAAAAACGUCUCUGAAUCGGGUCCUCCCUUGGUUCUUCUCGGCGACUGGGGCUGUGCGACAGACAAGCUAAAGUUUAUGAACGAAGAACCAACUGGCCGUUAUGACCUGAGAAAAGGGAAUGGUGCCUAUUGCCCUCCGGAAAUCGUCAACGCUGAUCGAGGGAAGGAGCUGGAUUAUUCAAGGGCAGACUGCUGGUCUAUUUCUUUAGUUGCACUAGAUAUUCUUCAUGGAGGCCGCUCCCGUGGAAACCCCUUCUAUCCAGUUCGAAACCGUCAGUUACUGAAAAAUGGAUCUUAUGACGACUCGGAUCUUGAUUUCUACGUGAAUAAACCUCCAGAUGUUCCAACAAGCAUCUUCUCAAAAAUUAAGAAGAUGCUCUGGCGGGAGCCUUCAAAACGUCUUUCAACUCGAAAGCAUACAGCUGUAGAGCAAAAAUGGCUUCGAAAAGAACAAAAAAGCUUUUGCGACUACAACUACGACAACAAUUACAUCUACGACAACAACUACAUCUACGACAACAACUACAACUACAACUACAACUACAACUACAACUACAAUUACAACUACAAAUACAACUACAACUACAACUACAACUACAACUACAACUACAACUACAACUACAACUACAACUACAACUACAACUACAACUACCCUUCCACCGAUCCCAGAGAAAACAAUAAUUAUUCUAGAUUCGAAUGCGGGAACGAAACUUCCGUCAUGGGCUGGGACGAAUGCGUUGAUUACUGCAACUCUUAUGGAGACAAACCGCUCCAGUUAGAAUCAGAAGAACAAGCGCAGAAAAUUCUUCAGUUUAUACGACUAACUUGUCCUGGAGACAAACUCUGGAUGGGAUACAAAUCAAAAAGCACACUGAUCGAAAACAAUAAAAGAAAAGGUCGAUGGAAUUUGGCAAGAGGAGAUGUUUAUCAAACUGACCACUACUGGAUUGAUGAAGACCUGGAUGAUCACGAGCACAACUGUUUGUGUAUGCAACACAUUCACAUCUAA